AUGAGCGACGACAAGCGCGACGGUCCCUCGGUGCAGGCGCACACCAGCGGCCGAGACCAGGACCUCGGCGCCACAGAGCGCACGCCGCGGCACUCCUUCCAGCAGCAGGGCCGGCACCACCACCACGCCGGCGCCGACGACCUGCAUGACGUCGACUUGGGCAAGUGGUCCGACUUUGACGCCAACGACGAGGAUGACGCCGGGCCGACCCAGGAGCACGGCCGCCUGCUGGACGCAGACCACCACGCCGCCGCCGCCGGAGGGGAAGCGUUUGAGCUUAGCGAGCGGCCCGGCCUCCUCCUGCAGGACCCCGAGGCCGAGGACUCGCCGUACGCCGAAGUGCGCGCGGCGGUGCGCAACGUCGACGUGGCCGUGCCGGCCAGCACGGUGCGCGCGUGGACGAUUGGCCUCGGCCUCACCGUGGCGGGCGCGGCCAUGAACACGCUCUUCUCCCUGCGGCAGCCGUCCAUCUCCAUCGGCCCGCUCGUCGCGCAAAUCGUCGCGUACCCCCUCGGCCACGCCUGGGCGCGCGUCGUGCCGGCCAGGGAGUUUUGCACGGCCGGCCGCCGCUGGAGCCUGAACCCGGGCCCGUUCAGCAUCAAGGAGCACGCCGUCAUCACCGUCAUGGCCAGCGUCUCGUUUUCGGUCGCGUACUCGACUGACAUCAUCCUCGCGCAGCGCGUCUUUUACAAGCAGGACUUUGGCAUCUUGUUUCAGCUGCUGCUGAUGAUAUCGACCCAGUCGCUCGGCUACGGUAUUGCUGGCGUCAUGCGCAAGUAUUUGGUCUACCCGGCCUCGAUGAUUUGGCCUGAAAACCUCGUCAGCGUCACCCUCUUAAACGCCAUGUAUGAGCAGAGCAGCGCUCCAGACCACAAAGUCCUCGGCGGAUCAAUGCCUCGACUCAGGUGGUUCGCUCUCGUGUCCAUCGGGUCCUUCUUCUACUUUUUCAUUCCUGGCUUCCUUGCCCGUUUUCUCAGCGUCUUUGCCUUUCCAACAUGGAUUGCGCCGGACAAUGCCGUCGUGAACCAGCUCUUUGGGGGCGUGUCUGGGCUGUCCAUCUUGCCCAUCACCUUUGACUGGACCCAGGUAGCAGGCUAUAUCGGCUCGCCACUGAUACCGCCUUGGCACGCCAUCGCCAACACGCUCCUCGGCGUCGUCGUCUUCUUCAUCUUCCUCUCCUCGCUGCUGCACUACAGCGGCGUCUGGUACUCGGCCUACCUGCCCAUGAGCGACGCCGGCACGUACGACAACCGCGGGCAGGCGUACAACACGACAAGGAUCCUCACGCCGCAGCUCACCCUCGACGUGCAGGCGUACACGGCGUACUCGCCCCUCUUCAUCAGCACCACCUUUGCCAUUGCCUACGGCCUCUCGUUUGCCUCCAUCUCGGCGCUGCUCGUCCACACCUGGAUCCACAGCCGCAAGACCAUCUGGAAGCAGUACCGCAAUAGCACGACGGAGAAGCCCGACAUUCACAUGAAGCUGAUGCGCAAGUAUCCCGAGGCGCCGGACUGGUGGUAUCUGUCGCUCUUUUUAGUCAUGCUCGGCAUCGGUCUGUACACCGUCGUCGCUUACCCGACCAACUUUGCCUGGUGGGCGUUCCUCUUGGCCAUCUUCAUCUCGUAUGCUUUUUCGCUGCCGAUUGGCAUCAUCCAGGCCAUUACCAAUACGCAGAUUGGCCUCAACGUCUUGACCGAGUUUAUUUACGGCUACAUCCAGCCCGGCCGUCCUCUUGGUCUCAUGCUGUCUCAGUCGCUUGGCUUCAUUGCUGAUCUCAAGUUUGGCCACUACAUGAAGGUGCCUCCGCGCACCAUGUUCAUGGCCCAAGUCGUCGCCACCACCGUGUCUUGCUUUGUCCAGGUUGCCGUCCUCAACCUCGCCCUCGUCAGCAUUGACAAUGUCUGCGAUCUUCGCCAGCGCGACCGCUUCACCUGCCCUGGCGGACGCGUCUUUUUCUCCGCCUCCAUCAUCUGGGGUCUCAUCGGACCGGCGCGCAUCUUCUCGCCCGGGCGCAUCUACUCUGGGCUCUUCUCCUUCUUCGUGCUGGGCGGCGUCACGCCCGUCGCCAUCUACCUGUGGACCAAGCGCUGGCCCGGCUCGGCGGCCAAGUACCUCAUGGCGCCCGUCAUCUUUGGCGGCGCCGGCGCGAUCCCGCCGGCCACGCCGCUCAACUACUUUUCGUGGGGCAUCGUCGGCUUCGUCUUCCAGUUCUGGAUCAAGAAGCGCCACUUUGGCUGGUGGUCGCGCCUCAACUUCCUCACCUCGUGCGGCCUCGACCUCGGCCUCGCGUUUGGCACGCUCGUGCUCUUCUUUGCCUUUACGCUCCGCGACGUUGAACCGCCGCAGUGGUGGGGGAACGUGAUUGUGGAGAAGACGAUGGAUUUCAAGGGAACCGCGAUUCAGGCAUUCGUGGCAGAUGGGCAGACGUUUGGCCCUCUGACCUGGUAA